CGCAAACUCAAACUCUCUUUUUUGGUUUUAUUUCCACCAGAAGUCUUGGAACAGCCUACUCCGUCUCAGCUCGCGACUUCCAUCAGCAUUCAUCAGCAUUCGUCAGAUAUCCACCAGAUAUCCAUCAAAAUGGCUCUCGCAUGCAACGUCUGCAAAAAGACGUCGCUCCAAGCAAACAUCAAACGGUGCGCGAAAUGCUCUUCAACCCCGUACUGCUCCCGAGAAUGCCAAAAGGCCGACUGGAAGGAGCACAAGAAGAUAUGCGGCAAGACGACCACGCCAGGAGCUCGUCCGGCUGCAUCCGGGACGGGCACAUCUUCUCGUUCGACAGUAGCUUUCUCCCCGCCCAAAGGUCUUGAGCGGGGCAUCUCUUGUCCCUUUACGCAACUUGACCGCAAGACUUGGCUUCACAACCGCCCGGAGACGGACGUGUACAGGCUACUCAUCGACUCCUACCGACUUCGCGUCGAAGACGACUACAACAUAGACGGCGAGGUCGAUGACGACAGUCUCUACAGCGGAGCUGACAGUGGGAUCGUGGGCUUCAAGCGGUACUUGGGUGUCGUCCAAUCUAAGCCUGGACUGCUUCCAACAUGGUGGACCCCAGAAAAGAGUCUGGCAUGCGAGCAGCUUGGCAUGGACCAGUCGCAAUGGAGCGAUCUCCACAAUGCGGUCACAAAGAGCGACAUCAUAGAGCAGUAUGGAGACUCGCAAUUCCCCAUGCAGCUCCGGAUGUUCGCAGAGCUAAUCCGAGGUCGAGCUCCGGGAGGAGCAGACGGAGCCAGCAUGAGGCAAAUGCUGGUGGCCAUGGAACAGAGGAAUCUGCCCCCCGGUACAAUGGUGACAAGCAUUGAUAACACCACAGGCGACGUGACAGAACACUUGCCGUAAGGUAAGCCUGCGUGUGUGCCGGUGCUUUCGUCGGUGCUUUAGCAAACUGUAGAGGAGAAAAUGCUAGGGCACACGGAGCAGAAGCAACGCGGGCGUUAGGAACGGAACAGAACCGGGUUUUCAUGAGUCUCUUGUCGCAAUUUAAGAAAUUCCGCCG